AUGGGACGAGUCGUCCGAGGCAGAACAGUGGGAGGAAGUCCUCUGAGACAGAAAACUGGGAAGGGAUCGUCCGAGACAGAACUGGAAGGAAGUCGUCCGAGACAGAAAACUGUGAGUGGAUCAUCCAAGACAUGGAAAUGUCACCGACAGGAGGAAGCCCCGCUAGUUAAACGUGCUAAUACAUAUGCGGCACUUCUGCAGAGCGCCAGCCAGCCACGGUUUGAUAUGCCCCUUCAAGUACACGGCGAUGAACUGUCUAUCCUUGUGGAUAAACUCGAGCAGUAUUUACCAGAAGCUAUAAGGGUACAGUCAAACAUCCGUAGUGUCCUGGGUGGUUGGUGUGACGGACAGAAAAUCUGGGUGGAUGACUGGCCGGAAGUCCGGGCUGUGGUCUGCGUGGUGGAUAGUCAUAAUGCCAAGUUCGGUUACUGGAGAAACCGUCUUGAGAUAUAUUGUUGCGACUUUGACGCUUUGGAGUCCGUUCUGAGUCAUGACCCUGUGCUUGACUGGAAAACAGAGUUCUUGGUAGCAGGUGUAUCGAAAGAAUGUAUGAAGACAGUAGCUAAAGUAGUAAGGAAGAAGCAUGUUGGAACUGUGGUACCUUUCGAUACUGAGCUGUAUAUAUAUUACUUACCGAAAUCAACACGUGAUACCUUAAUUGGCAUCCCAGAUAGGCCAUUGCCAUCAGACUACCGUGUGGGUACCGUGGAUUCCUGUCUUUCCACUUCCCUAAGCCAAAUCUGGGAGCCUGAUGGCGGGCCUCUGUGUGAGCGAUACAUCCGGGCACUCAUCAACAAUAUGCCGUCAGUUGCAGUUUACACAGCCGAUGGUAUUCCGAUAGCUUACUGCCUGCUGUAUUAUUACUGGGCACUCGCUCUCCUAUAUGUGCAGCCGGAAUACCGCGGAAAAGGCCUCGGAAAGCUAGUAACAACAGAAAUGAUCAAGAAAAUUGAACAGAAAGCCCCGAAACAGACACCGUAUCUUGUCGUCGCCACCAACAACGAACGAGCUCUAGCAAUGUACGAGAAGCUUGGUUUCCGGCGUGUUAAUAAAUUACUGUAUUGGUUCUUAUUCAAACCAAUAUCAUCAGAAAGCUCAUGCUUGAAUUUUAGGGUUUAAAAACAUCCCAUUAGACAUGUUAAGUAUUAGAUCAACAAUUUUAAUUUCAU